GUAUAUAUAUAUACACAUAUGUUAAGAGAUAUGCUGCACAAGAGAGAGGCUUUACUAGCUUUAGCCAAUCUUGUAUCCAUUUUCAUUGCACUGUCCAAAUUGUGAAUUAUUUCAAGGAUUCCGUCCAAAACAUCAAAGUAGAAACCAUGGAAACUUCUCAUUCUCUUUCUAUUGAAAGCUUCUCCUAUAGUUGGUUAGUGAACCUUAAGCCAUCACUAGAAAGCCAAGAUAACUCCCUUAGAACUUCCCUUGAUGCUUCUGAUGAAGCUUCCUUCAUUGAGAUGGACCCAAGAAUGCCACCCUCUAAGAGAUUCUUCAUAAAUUCCCAAGAUUUCAAGUUUGACUUUCCAACUUCACAGUCCCCCCUUACUCUUGUUGAUGCUGAUGAACUCUUUUCCAAUGGUUACCUUAUGCCCUUUUUUGUUGAAUCAUUUAAGAUGGAAGCAUAUGAGGCUUCAGAUGCUAAUCCAAGCCUUGCUUCCUCAUCACAUGUGCCAAAAAGUGUGGUUCCUAAUGGUCAUUCUAGGUGCCCUUCCUUGAAAAGCUGCAGAACAAUGUCAAGGAGAAUUAUUCAGAAGUAUCUGAAUUUCUUGAGGCCUUUGUGUAGAAAAUUGAGGGUUUACAAAUCAAGUUCAACCCCUAAAUCUGUUGUUAAAAGAACUGAGUCAGUAAAGAAUAGAGGAUACUAUUCUGAAACAUCCCCACGGAUUAGUGUAGCUUAUUCUGCUGAUGACUGGCGCAAGUCCUGUGAUUCUGAAAGCUCAAUUUAUGAAGCUGUUCUCCAUUGCAAAAGAUCCAUUGAAAGAAUGAACUGAGGAUGCUGCAAAAGGGUAGAAUCUGGUAGAAGAAAAGGAGAGAGGAUCAAAGCCAAAGUAUCAUGAGCCACUCCUCCACUAUCUCCAUUCCCCUCUGCUUGAAUGACAAAGGAAUGUCAAUAGGAAAUAAAGAUGUGGUUGGUCAAGCAUUACUCAAGCUUUAUGAUCAAAUUCUGAUAAAGAUAAAGUACAAUUUUGUUUGUUCAUCUAAUUACUAUGGGAAGGAACACUACAACUGAUGAGAAUCUGCCUCCGAAUUCAGUAAAGUUCUUCAUCUGAUUUUGGAAUCAGAAAUGUGUGUUACAUAUCUAUCAUAUCAAUAUGUAUAUAUGAUUAUGAUAACAUAGUAUAUAUCUUAUCUACAAUGUUAUUGCCGAUUCCUAUACACAAUCUAUGAUGAGCAUUUAAAAGGGUUUUCUUUAUAAUUUUCUCUCUAUAUCUUUCUUGUUCUCUUUUGUCUGCUGGAUUUGAAUACAAGAGAAAUGGGAAGAGAGAAAGGUUAUGAUACAAGUGAGUUAAGAAAGUCAGAAAUUUGAAAAAUUCUCUACAAGCUAGACUGGCUUGUCACAUACGCAAAUUUCAAGGUAAUGAUGAAGAA